AUGGAAAACAAUCAGAAGGAAAUAGGAGAACGAAUGAAGGAAAGGAAGAGAGUGUGGGGGCAAGGAGUCACCAUCAGCGCAGUGGUCUUCAACAAUCUCCAUCUGACAUCAUCUUCCCAGCUUGGCGGACUCCAUGGAAACGACACGCCCACCAGCGUGGGGUCAAAGAUCAUGUCAAUCCAGGUCGAGGCGACUGACGGGUCAACGAUCACGUUCAGUGCCGAUGAUCCGAUUGAACUGGUCUUAGAACUGAACGAGGAUGCAAAUACAACAAACUCACAAUCUUUGUGUGUCUUCUGGGAGUUUCUAGAAGAUGAGGAAUCAGGAGGGGUGUGGUCAACAGUCGGUUGUUAUAGGAACCAAACCAACGGCUCGCAGAUCACCUGUCGUUGCGAUCACCUGACUAAUUUUGCUAUUCUCCUGCAAGUUAACCCAAAUCCGGUGGUAUUAUCCCUUGCACACCGAGUAACAUUGGAUAUGUUAACCUACAUUGGUUUGGCCCUAUCCAUAGCAGCUCUAGUAUGUUCACUCACCACGUUUGUUCUACUCAAGUUGAUGAAAUCUCAACGUACGAUCAUCCACACAAACUUGUGUAUAGCGUUACUAUCGGCUCAGCUCUUAUACCUGAUCGGGAUAGAAAGAACAGCUUCAUCGGAGCUGUGUACCACCAUAGCAGUGCUGCUUCACUACCUCUUCACAUCCACAUUCUUCUGGAUGCUGAUGGAAGGCAUCUACAUACUGAUGCAGGCCCGCGCGGCCUACGGGAAGGGAGGCAAGACAUGGAUGUAUAUGGUAGCUGGAUGGGGUAAGAAAUAA